UCUUUCAGGCUUCACCGUCUCCUCUUUUAGCAAAGAGACAGAGGCACUAAGAAAGCAUCACAGGUGGACAGUCUGUCUUUCACACCUCAUGACUGAGAGAGAGCGAGAGAGACGCAGUGAAAAAUGGUGAGGACAGAGGGGCUAUUUUAGUGAGCCACUCACGUGAGCGCUGGAAUCUAUAUAUCUACCCUCUUUCUGUCCUUCUCGUCUCAGAAAAAGACGCCUGAGAGAUUUGUCGCCUAUUUUAAAGAUUUAACAAGAGGAGACACACAGAACUGCAGCCAUGUCUGAAGCGCCUUCGAAACCAAAGCCAAAGAUCUCUGCAUCCCGUAGACUGUUCUUGAAGACCAAACUGCUAAAAAAGGCGAUGACUAUGCUGGACAACGAAAAACAAAUCCGAAAAGACGAACGGGAGAGAACUCUCGCUGAAAGAGUCCCAGCACUUGAAAUGUCAGGCCUGUCUUUGCAGGACCUACAGAAUUUUUGCAAAGAGCUACACAAGAAAAUUGAUGUGGUGGACGAGGAGCGGUAUGACAUUAAUGCUAAAGUGACAAAAAAUGAAGGGGAGAUACAGGACCUGUCCCAGAAGAUCUAUGAGUUGAAGGGCAAGAUGAAGAGACCGAACCUGAAGAGGGUGAGGGUGUCUGCUGAUGCCAUGCUGGGCGCUCUGCUGGGCGCUAAAGUCAAAGAGUCUGUGGACUUCAAGGCCAACCUCAAGACUGUGAAGAAGGAGGAGGAGAAGAAAGAGGAAGUGACCGACUGGCGUAAGAACGUGGACGCAAUGUCUGGUAUGGAGGGCAGGAAGAAGCUGUUUAAUGCCGGGCAGUAGAUUUCGUGGUGAAUUUCUUUGUGAAGGUGUUUGCUGCUCUAAAACAGGUGGAUCAUGUGACCUGUUGUUCACUUUAUAUUGACAGUGAACAUGAAGACCAGGUUAACAAGCAGAAUCUGGCACAGUUCAUGUUUGUGUAAAUGGCAAUAGUGAACAUAAUUCAUGUCAUACAUAUUGUUUUUUACAUAAUGUACGGUGUAAUAUGAAAAACAUAUGUACUCUUAGAGCACUGUAUUUAUUGUGUAGCUUUAGCAUCUAUUUGAAUUCAUGGACACAGCACCACUGCCGGCUGUCCUGCUCACCUGUACUUAUGCUGUCAUAUGCAACAAUAAUUAUAAGUCUGAGUUGGUGCAAUUUAUACAACAUUUGCAAAGGUUGGAGUCCCAUAAUGUGAGCAUCCUUGAAGAUUAAUGUAGCAUUAAACUGAGAAGAAGCAGUGCUAUGAAUUGUGUAUCAAAUAAUAAAAUGUAAAUGCAAUUGC